UAAGAGGAAUUUACCGACUACCGCGUACCAGGCUUUUACCUGUUGCACAACUCGAUGCAGGUGCAUAGUAUUGCGCGUACAGGUGAGGUUAAGAACCUUUACCAGUGUUGCGACUAGGAAUUUUCACUCGAUCUCCAUUGCGGAGACACACUUUGCAUCGUUUAAUCGGUGCAAUCGAAACCAACCUAUUCCAUAGAAACAAACUUACUCGAAAAACGUUAUUUCGGAUUUCGAAAGUAAGAAACUACGAUUGGACGAUAGUUGCAACAACAACUCGAAGAAUAUUACAAACGACGAGCCCAAGAGCAACGAAAGGUGGUCGUAUUCGGGAGAUGGGACUCUCGCUGAACCAGAAAUCUUAGCGGAUAUGGGUGUUAGCAUGCUGGAAGAUGAAGCAUCCUGCGACAGUACAGAGAUGUCCGAAUCCCUCCGACAUACCACCUCGCCAGCUAUAAUAUCUCAUACCGAUAAACAUUGCGAAAAACUAAAUAAUUAUGAAAGCGAACAAACUAUUUAUAGAGGUGCCAACUUUAAAGCCACUGGAAUCGAUAGACUGGAACAAGAUUCGUACGUAUUGGACGAACCAGCCGCUUAUUCGACCGUUGGAAACGAAUCUGGCUACUCCUCUAGGAUGGAAAUAAACAAUUUUAUGGACACGAAAGAAAGUUUUAGCCAAAACAGUUUAAACGCAUCUUCCGAAAGAAGUAGCCUCGAACAGUUCUACCUGUCUAGAAGAAAAAGAAAACUCUCUAUCGUCGGCGAGGACAAAUUUAACAAGUUAUCGGACGAAAUGAUUUUAAUGAUACUGAAAUGGCUUCCUAAAAAGUGCCUGGUGCGUUCCAUGUUAGUGUGUAAACGGUGGUGCCAAAUAGCUCGAGACGAAGCAUUAUGGAGUAGAUUGGAUUUAGGUGGUAAAGUGCUCAGCGAAGGUACGUUGGGGCACAUAUUACCACGGGGCGUUCAAAUACUUCGACUUGCUCAAGCAGAAAUCGCGGAUCCGGUGUUCCUUGAAAACAGCCAAGUUUUCACGGACGGUUAUAUUAGCAAACUGCAAUAUUUAGAUCUCUCGAUGGCUGUCAUUCCUCCAAAUGGACUGGCUAUGUUAUUAGCCAAAUGUAAAUACCUGAAAAAAUUAUCGCUAGAAAAAUGUAUAGUGAACAGAUCGUGUUGUAAAGCUAUUAGCGAAAAUAGUGAUCUAGAAAUUUUGAAUUUGACAAUGUGCGAGGGUAUGGACGUCGAAUGCAUCAAGGAUUUAAUGAAACUUCGACACUUGAGUGCUGUCAAUAUGUCUUGGUGUAACUUGGACAUGGAAUCUAUGACGUUACUUUGUAAAUCCCUACCACCGUCUGUUACGCGUUUAAAUAUAGCUGGAUGUAGGAAAACAAUGACCGACGACAAUGUUAAAGACUUAGUGAGAAGUUGUCCGGAUAUGGUGGAGUUAGAUUUGAGCGAUUGUACGAUGCUCGCGAUGAACACUGUUCGUAGCUUGUUAGAUUUAACGAAAAUAGAACAUUUAUCAUUGAGUCGGUGUUAUGGUAUACUUCCGCAUAGAUACUUAACGUUAGCGUACAUGCCGUCUUUGUUAUAUUUGGAUGUAUUCGGUUUAAUGUCGGAAGAAAAAUUGAAAACUUUACAAGUUACCUGUGGUGAAACUCAGCUCAACAAGUUCCUAUAUAGCUCUGUCGCUAGACCGACGGUCGGCGUACGGAGAACAAGCAUUUGGGGACUUCGUGUCAGGGAUUAAAAAUAUUUACGUUCUCCUCCGUCGUAAAUGUAUCCUCCUCAUAUCGAUGAAGAACGAGUCAAAACCAAAGUGAAACUGAAAUGUACGUAAUGUAAUUGUGCCUCUUUCUUUCUUUCUUUCUUUCUUUCUUUCUUUCUUUCUUUCUUCCUUUCUUUCUUCCUUUCUUUCUUCCUUUCUUUCUUCCUUUCUUUCUUCCUUUCUUUCUUCCUUUCUUUCUUCCUUCAAUCGAGAGAACGACUCUCCUCGUAGAAUACCUUUUCUCGUCCUUUAUCGAGUUAAAGGCAUCGUUAGCUUUCGUUGGCCUUGCAUCCAACUAUACCGAAGGGAGAGGUAUGCUCAAGCGACAUAGAACUCUGAUGCUGUUAACAGUGUUGCGAGAUCGGUGCUUUCGCUCCGACCAAAUUAUACAGUCCGGAUGAAUUGUUUGUAUGUACUUGGUUGUUGGACCGAAUCGAAAUGUAUCUCUAACGAAUAGCGAGAUUUUCGUUACGUAGCUACGUUACAACGAACAUGUCGAAUAUGUAUCGUUAUUCGCAACGAAACGAACCUUUAUUUUUCCAGAAUCUUUCAUACCAUUUCGAAGAAUACUUAUAUUCUAACAUUGUAAAAAGCAGAAACUUUAACACUGUUGAUUAGAAACAUACGAGUACACGAAUGGUAAUGUUUCCUUAUCAUCUAUCUGUUAACCAAACAAUAAAGUCGAAGCGUUUAACGAAUAACAG